AUGCUCAAGUUCUACACUCUCACCGGCAGACGUAUGCAGUAUGUUCAUAGCCUCCACCAACGAUACGGAUCUGUUGUGCGGCUAUCUCCAAACCAACUCGCCUUCUGUGACCCAGAUGCAUUCGUCGCCAUCCACAAGAUCGGUAGUGGCUUCACUAAGACACAAUGGUAUGAGGAUUUCAGUGGCGGCGCGGGAGGGACAGGCAUCGAAAUUGGUCUGUUCGCUAUGACAGAUGUGAAGAAGCACGCUUCUCGAAGGAAGCUUUUUGCACGCGCCUUUAGCGCCGCCAGUCUAAGGUCUAACUGUGAAGAUGUGGUGAAAGAAAAAGUAGAAAAGGCAGUGUACCGGAUAAUGAUCGAAGCCAGAGAUACGGGCGAAGCUGACAUCAUGAAGUGGUGGAUGUUGAUGGCCUCCGACAUUAUUGGCCAGUUAUCAUUUGGAGAGUCGUUUGAGCUCCUCGAGUUAGGGGAAAAAUCCCACCAUAUCCAAGUUCUCGAGGCAGCAGCCUUGGGGGCCACGCUUCAAUACGAGCUUCCAGGCAUUUUGGGUCUUCUUCGUCGCAUACCUAUCCCAAAGCUGAAUCUAUUGGUUACCGCCCCAAACCUGGUCCAUCGGUAUGGCGAAGCAGCCGUUUUAAACCUGCGCUGUCACAGUGACAACCGAGCAAACCUCUUUGCCACCAUGUUGGCCCAGAGUGAAGCAGCAGCGGAGAAAUUCGAGCUAACAGACGAUGAUGUUCGAAAAGAGGCUUCCAACUUCAUACUCGCCGGUGCUGAUACGACGGCCAUAACUUUGACCUACCUGGUCUGGGCGGUCCUAAAGAGACCUGACUUGCAGGCUCGGAUUGAGGAGGAAGUCUCAACGUUAGGUCCUGCACCCUCUGAUGAAGCCCUGGAGCAGCUUCCACUCCUCAACGCUGUGAUCGAGGAAACCCUUCGAUUGUAUGGGGCUGUGCCAGGAAAUUUGCCCCGAGUGGUGCCGGAAGGCGGAGUUUCUCUUGGAGGAUACGCAGUUCCCGAAGGUAUCGAGGUGGAAACACAAGCGUACUCGCUGCACCGUGAUCCCAACGUUUUCCCUGACCCCCUGACGUUCGAUGAAACGCGCUGGAUGGGCAAGGAUAGACCGAAACCCAAGUCUUACUGUCCGUUCGGCGCUGGGACGAGAACAUGUGCCGGUAUCCAUCUCGCUCGAAUGGAAGUUCGGCUUGGAGCAGCAACCUUGUUCCGACAGUGUAAAAGCCUCCGACUGGGCGCUCGGAUGAAUGAUGAAAUGAUGGAACCGGCCAACUUCUUUCUCGCGACUCCAGUUGGGAAAAGGUGUGAUGUGAGGUUUUAG